AUGUCAGCAACAACAGCACCAACCUCGUUAGUCAUGAACCCAACAUCUAUGUUAGUAGAGAUGAAAAGCUUCAUUCCUUCUUCAUAUACUUUCGAAACAGAAAUCCAGAAGAUAAAGCAAGAACUUCUCCAAGGAGAUUUAGACUGUAGUGCGAAAGAUGAAACAAAUGAACAGUAUCUUUAUGAAAUGCAGGAUAUUAUUGACCAUCUACCUAAACUUCCUGAAAUACAACAACAAAAGCUCACUAUUCCUGAAUUCGAUGAAAUAGAAGUCAAAGCAACUGACUCAGUUGAAAUAAAGAAGUUCAUACGAAAGGUAAACUAUGAGUUUCUUGGAUUUCAUUGCAACCACAAAGACUGCGAUAUGGUAUAUUUCAUUGACAUAUACAAAUCUGAAGAGUUUAAGACCUACGACAACUUUGUUUCGUUAGUUGCAAAAUGUGUAUGGCAGAUAAGAGAUAAAGAUAGAAGAGGUAAAGUAUGGAACGGACAGAUAAAACCAGCAACUUUUGAGUUAAAGAAAACCAUUUACGCCUUACUUGUUUUAGCAGGUAAGGUUUCAAUGUACAAUGCUAAAAUGAACCCACAAU